AUGGCUUUCACCGCUUCAGCCGACGUCCAACCCCCCGUCGCUCAGGCCGCCAAAUCGCGCUGUUCCCCCGCCACAAAGACCAUGUCCGGAGACAUCUGCAAGAUCAUCUUCGCCAUCAUCCUGCCUCCCCUGGGUGUUUUCCUGGAGCGAGGAUGUGGUGCUGAUCUCCUGAUCAACAUCUGUUUGACUAUUCUCGGAUGGAUCCCUGGUAUCAUCCACGCCAUCUACAUCAUCUUCAAGUACUAG